GUAUAGUUGAACAUGUAUUCUCAUUAAACUCAUGAAACAAUGUUCAAGUACUUAAGAGGUUAUUUGAGGAACCUUUUGUUUCAGUAUGUAGAGGACAAUUAUGUCAUUGCCGGUGUCACAGUAUGAAGCAUUGCUGGCAGAAGUGAGGGGCCUGAGACGUAAGGCUCAGCAUGUCCAGCAACUAGCUAGGCCCCUCCUGCCAAGUGAUUCUUCACAGGGUGCAUCUUUCAGUGACAUUGCUCUUAGGGAUUUAAGGUCAUCUCCUGAUAGAUUGUCACCUUAUUAUCAGACCGAUGGGCCAACUGAGCCGUUAGACUAUACCAUGGAAUCAUUACUUUUGGGGCGCCAGAUUAAUGCCGUAUCAUCAAAUUAUGAGAAUGGCGGCCUCAGCAGCAGCGUCGACGGCGGCGACACCACCUGCAGCGAGGACGACGAGUACGCGUGUAGAGGCGGCGGCAGCGGCAGCAGCGCCAAGCUGUCGGUCAGCAGCGAACCGCCGCCGCAGAGGAACCGCCGAGCGGCGGCUUCGGGGGACGUGGCUUCGCUCUACCACGGUACUUGGCCCGUCGAGAAGACCAUGUGGAACUCGGAGCCGGCCGGACUGGGCAGUGGCGUACCGCUGGACAGGGUCCUCGGCAGUCCGGAUUCCAGCAAAUGGUCCUCCCAACAGCUGGAAGCCAAAAUGGACGUGGUGCACAGCCUUCUAGCGAUGCUGGGAGGCCAGGAGCACGUCGAUAUGGGGGAGACUCUCUUGGCGUUGAGUACUUGUUGUAUCCCAUUAUUAGUGAAAUUAGUUCAAUCAGACAGAGAUGGGGAUACGAGGAUAAAGGCUGGACAAGCGUUACACAAUCUUGUCCAUUCUCAGCCGGAUGAAAAACUUCGGAAACGGGAAAGUAGGGUACUGAAACUUUUGGGGCAAUGCAAACACUACACUGAAGCGCUCAGGAACAAUACGGAAUAUGAACAAAUAAUGGAAAGUGGUAGUUUCUCUUCAGAAGAUGGUGAUAAACACCCUGUACAAACAGUAGCACACUUGAUGAAAUUAUCUUUUGACGAAGGCCAUCGACAGGCUAUAUGUCUUCUGGGUGGAAUACAUACAAUUGCAUCUCUAGUGGAGGUGGAACAUACAUUGCACGGUAGCACAUGGACGGACACACACUGUCUCUUGAUGCGCAGGUACGCUUGUAUGGCACUAACGAACCUCACUUUCGGUGAUAGCGGCAACAAAGCUUUGCUAUGCUCGUAUAGGGAAUUCAUGAGGGCAUUGGUGGUACAGCUGCAGAGUCCUAGUGACGAGCUGCGACAGGUCACUGCAAGUGUUUUGAGAAACCUUUCAUGGAGAGCAGAUUCUACUUCUAAAGAAAUCUUGAAAGAAGUCGGUUCGGUCACAGGUCUCAUGAAAGCCUCCAUGUUGGACAACAAAGAAAACACCUUGAAAUCCAUCUUGUCAGCUCUGUGGAACCUGUCCGCCCACUGCACAGAAAACAAAUCUGAAAUCUGCGCUGUCGAAGGAGCUCUAGGCUUCCUCGUGGACAUGCUAACCUACAAAACCCCCACGAAAUCCUUGGCCAUAAUAGAGAACACUGGAGGGAUACUGCGAAACAUUUCUAGCCAAAUCGCCGUGAGAGAGGAUUUCAGGGAGACAUUGCGACAACACAAUUGCCUUCAGAUCCUGCUAGACCAGCUGAAAUCCCCCAGUUUGACUAUCGUCAGCAAUGCCUGCGGCACGCUGUGGAACCUCUCUGCUAAAUGCGUGGCUGACCAAGAAGCCCUAUGGCGAAUGGGAGCGCCCAGCAUGCUGCGCAGCUUAAAUCACUCUAAGCACAAGAUGAUCGCUAUGGGAUCCAGCGCGGCCCUGAAGAAUCUGCUCAGUGCCAAGCCCCAGCAAGUUUUGCAGCCGCAGCUGGACUCCACAGCUUUGUCGCUGGACUUGCCAGUGCUGCCGACUCUGGGAGCUCGGAAGCAGAAAGCUCUGUUGCAAGAUUUGGACCAGAGCUUGAGCGAGACGUACGAGAAUAUCGAGAAGGAUUCACCGAUAAAGAAGGAUCCUGACUUCCAGGAUAACAGACGGAAAUCCAAGGGAAGGCCUAGUAGCCCGGAUGAAAACAGGCUUAGCAAUAACUUUGCUAGCUUGAGUUUGAACGAGCCCUCUACCAGCUAUACCAGCGAACUUAGGCUGCAGUCUAGAAUACCUCAGAGCUAUGGUAGCUCUAGUCUGCCGUAUCUGAACCCUCCUAUCAAACAUACCAAUCCCUUCACUUACAUACCAGUGAGAAACAAGUUUUCGGACUGUGCUUACGAAGAUGAAAUCGAUAUUUCGGACCAACCUAUAGAUUAUAGUAAGAAAUACUCCGAGACCAAGUUGCCCAAUAGGGAAGCUGAUGAGGUGUGCUCCAGCAAGGAUCGUGAUUACUCCUUCGGAAAGCAGCCCAAGAAAGAGACUUUCAGCAUAUACGCAGAGACCGAUUUGGACCAGCCCACUGAUUACUCUUUGCGGUAUGCUGAGGAUGAUUCCGAUUCGGAGAUCUGCGACAAGAAGACCGAAUACGUGCAGGAUACGGUCAAGACUUAUUGUACUGAAGAUACCCCAUACGAGACACCUUUCAAUUUCUCCACAGCCACUUCCAUGUCAGACUUGCGACUGGAUGACAAAUCUGUUAUCGACAACGAUAAACUGAAGGAGACUGUCCCGAAAGUCAACAAGGAGAAUAGUGAGAAUUUAGAGGAGAAGGACCGUUGUUCUACAGAGGAUAUUUCUGACUGCGAGGCUCAAACCAAAUUGGUAGACAAAAUACCAAAAUCCGAGCUCAGCUCGGGUCUCCUAUCGCCUGAAAAGCCCGUCAACUACGCCGAAGAAGGAACGCCUGGAUAUUUUUCCAGAGUGAGCAGCUUCGGCUCCAUAACUUCCAUUCCAGCCAAUGAAAAAUUGAAGAAUAUCGAGGAGAGUGGUCUGGAGUCGGAAAGGGUACCCGAUACAAAGCCGGCCGAGAAGGUUUUCCCGAAAACGCCCACAGAAACUAAGAACGUCAAGUUUGAGAGGGUGGUGAACUAUGCAGAAGAGACUCCGCUGAUGUUCUCGAGGUCUAGUUCGCUGGCUUCUCUCGAUAGUAUAGAGCAGCAUUCCAUACACGAUGAUAGAAGUUCGGUGGUAUCAGACUUUAGUCGUCUUCCAAGCGGAAUCGUUUCUCCGAGCGAGCUUCCAGACUCUCCCACCCAAACCGUUCCUCCUAGUCCUAAGCCGAGGAAAACCCCGAUGGAUUUUCCGACGACCUCUAAACCGAGGCCGCCCGAACACGCGCUUAGACUGCCGCCGAAAACCAGCGAUUCUGUUUCUAAGCGAGCUGAAUCUUCUGGUUGUUCGGAAGAAGAAGCACAAAAAGAUGAGGAAACCGAAAAGAAGGAUGCCGAAAAGGAAACUACGGCAUCUGACAUAAAUGACGAGGAGUCCGAAGAUGAUGCUGAUGAAAGUAUUUUAGCGGAUUGCAUAAAUAUCGGUAUGCAAACGAGCACUAACAGGAACAACCAAGUGAUACCCAACAACACCUCGACGCCCAGCAAGCUGCCCCUGUCCAGCUUCAAGUACGCCCCGAAAACGUCUCGCGACCCUCCUAAGCAGCCGGCAUCGUCUUCCGAACACUGCGACACGCUGAGGACGUACUGCACGGAAGACACGCCUGCCAGGCUGAGCCACGCGGGCUCCAAUUCGGAUCUGAGCGUGCUGAGCAUAUCGAACGACAAGGGCACGCCGAAGAAGGGCGGGUAUUUUUCGGAUGACAGCAGUAAUAUGUCCGACAAUGCCAGCUUUUCUCAAAAACAAGAUGGCUGGCAGAGGGAACAAUCGCGUCGAGAAUCAUUAUCUUCAAUAAGUGUAGAAUCUUUGGGAUCUCUAGAAGCUGACCAGGCACUUUUGGAACAGUGCAUUUCCUCUGGUAUGCCAAAGAGUAUACCAGACACAAGGACGAAACCUCUAGAUAUUCCUGAACCAAGAUCCGACCAAAGGAGAUCGAUGGGCAAACAACAGAGCCGCGAGCGCCGCCCGUCGUCGCAGCCGCCCCACAGUCACCCGCCCCACGACGCGUCGCCGACCGCCCAGCAGUCAAAAAACGCGAAUGCUGCGUCUGCUGCCGGGAGCACACCGCCGCCCCCAAUGACAUCGUGCAUCCCCGAAGCGCCAAUCGCGGCGGCAGGCGUAGCCCUACGCGACGCCCGCUUCGACGACAUCGUCAUGGAGGACCGCCUAGCGAAGAGCUGCGAGGAUUCGCGCGCGAUGGACCACCGCAUGCUUGAUCCUGCCGCGAUGAUCGAGUCGCUCGACCGGUUCACUGCCGAGCUGGUGUCGCAGGCGAGCCACUUGAACAAGGAGAAAGGAUCGACCGGGGAGAACACGUGGAACGAGGACACGUCUCCCAAUGAGUCGUUCCAUCCGGUGGAUGUCCCUGACGCAGUAAACGAACCCUCCAACGACUUCAGCUCGAUCAACACCUCCACAAUGACCGACAGCACUCUGAUAGCGAUAGAGGCCAGCAAGAUAGCGACCGUCUUCCAAAACGAGGCCGAGAUGUCGCUCAGCAUCACCAGCAUCAAUUCGCUGGAGCUGGACCGCGUACAACCCCCCUCCCAAAUGACCUCCUUGACCAACAGCACCGUGGGCUUGGAGAAGAACCUGAGGAGCCCGAAGCUGUUGGCGAGAAAGAAAUCCCUGGUGCGCAGGGCUUUGAGCAACUCGAUCAACCACGGUUCGAGCUUGGAGAGCUUGGACAACCACAGCUUGUCGAACCUGGACCACAUAAAUCCACCGUCGGAUUUCCUGUACGACAUGGAGGGGAGUAUGACGAGCGUGGCGAGUUUGCCGAGCGAGGGGGAGGUGAGAGGGGAUUUCGUCAUCAACGGGGUGGUGCAGCAUCCGAUUUUCAACGUGAAGCUGCCUUUUGGUGAGCUGGGGGACAUCAAUCCGCCGUCGCUCACCUUGCAGGACGUCACUCUGGCCGAGGACGACCUCACGCUCUUCUCGGACGCCGUCAGCGGAACUCCGCAGCAGUCGGACGUCAGCAGUUUGGAGUCCACGCCGAAGAAAGCCAAGCACCCGAGCAAGUCGAUGACGACGAAGCAGCGAAGGAAUCUGGCCAGAGAUCGAUCUCGUUUCGAAACGCAAGUUCUCGACGAAGCCGUCACCAGCUCGCUCCACCCGCCCGCCCCGCCCUCCGACUCCCUCAGUCGAAGCCACGCCUCCAUCAGCCCCGCCUCGAAUAGCCCCGCCUCCAGCAGUCCCGCCCACAGCCCCGCGCGCACCAAACACUCGAUCCGGCGCAGCUUCAUGCAGAAGCGGCUCGAGAACAAGGACAGGUUCCGCACACAGACUGUGAGCGAGAGCGGGUUCUCGCCCGACGAUUCGUCGAGCGGAGAGGUGCGGCUGCACCUGCAGAAGGAGGCGGACCGGGUGCUGCGCACGCUGCGCGACACGAAGACUACGCAGGACGACCUGCUCGAUUGCGAGACGAUCAGUCUGGUGAGCAACGACGACGAUGAUUCCGAGUACAAUUCUGGAGGUUCUGUCAACUACAGAACGUAUCACAAGAGUUGGGGCAUCAGGACGGAAAACGUGCCGGUUAUUGGUGACGGCGAAGAAGAAAGAGGAGAUGAACGUGUGCCGGAUUCGCUGGGCGACGAGGCGAACCGGAAUUCCGAGGAUGAGGACGAGGACGAGCGAAGGGUGGUCGGCAAACCCAAAAUCGUCAAGCCCAACGAUAGUCCGACCAGCAUCGGCAACAAGGUGGCCCCGAAGAGCAUAAAACCCGUCAAAACGAUGACGUCGAAUCUCGUCAAGAACGUGACGUCUACCCUCAAAAAUGGUACAACUUUGAAAUCGGUCGUCAGCCGGCAAAAUAAGACUGCGCAGUCCAGACCGACGACGGGACAGAGCGUCGCUUCGAGCGGGUACGGCAGCAGCCCGAGCAGUACCACCACCACCACUCCGAAGGCUUCCAGCAAAAUCCCCACGGCCGCCUGCCACACCAAGAUCCCCACCUUCGGCUCGAAGAUCGCCAAGGCCGUGCUGCCAGCCCGGCCGCCGCCCAACUCGAGCAAGCCGCCCAACGCGAACAAGCCACCCACGGUGCGUAACGGGAACGUCAAGUCGGCCAGUUCGGAUAGGGCCGGCAGGGGCGCGAGGGUGUACAACAGGUCGACGAGCGCGGACAGCAGAGAUAGUUCGGGCGGUAUGCGGGCCAGCCCGUCUACGCAGAGCUUGAAGGGCGAGGGGAGGAUGGGCAACGGGGCGAUGAAGAAGUCAAGCAGCAACAGCAGUCUGAACUCCAACGGCAGCGGCGGCGCGAAGAAGCUAGUGACCAGCAAAAUAGCCAGCCUGUGGAAGAAAAUCGAAGACAGCAAGAAGCUGCCGCCGAAAAAGGACUCGAGAGUGUGGAUUCAGGCGGAUCCAGAGCCUCCGAGGUUGAUCAGGAGCAACACUUUCGACAACAAAGACAGCGUCAUACUCAGGAAUUCGAAUUCGCCGUCUGAAGGUAACGGCGACUCGGUCAAGCGCAUUUCUAGGUUAGGGUCGUUCGUAGUGAUGGAUGAGAACGGAGUCGAAACGAGGCUGCCUCAGGCAACUGAUGCGGGGUCGUAAUUUGGUUUGUUCUUAGUACAGAAUGUACAUGUACAGGGUGGCUGGAAUUUGAGCAUCAUCAUUGAGGUCUCGUAAACCGUAAUAGAUACAGGGUCGGUUAACAAUUGGCAAAGUUGCGGAAUUUUGUGUCUAACAAAAUGCCGUUUUGAAACUAAAAAAAACGACAUUUCCUAGAACCCCUCUUCUGUUUGUUUUUUAGAUUAGUUGAAGAAAUUAAUCCAAAUGAAUGACACUGUAUCAUGGCGACUUCUUGUUCACUACAAGCUGGAGUUUUCAAAUUUGAAAUCAGCCGUUUUGUCUUCAGAUCCUGGAUUUUUUAUUUCACUUCAUUUCAAAAAAUGGAUAGUGUCUUAGGAAACAAAAUUUUGUUAUGCAUAAAUUUGCGCAACUUGACCAUAAUUCAACCGACCCUGCAUCUCUUAGGAGAUCACAAUGAUGAUACUCGAAUUCCAGGCACCCUAGAAUUAUCUGAGUCGCAUGACAAGUUGGGGUUUGUCGAGUAUAUUGAUAAUAAAGUUUCAUUUGAUCCAUAAAAUUUUUAUUGAUGUGUAAUUUGCCAAAAACCAACUUCUCAAGUGAACUGCGUUAAUUUUACAAGUUUAAUUAGGGCAUUACAUUUUGGAAUUUUAUGUUGUGCAAAGUCAUCAACAGAAAAAGAAACUGGAUUUCUGUUUUCUGUUGAAUUAAUUAUUUUGGUGUUCUAGUGGUUAAUUGUAUUUUUUGCGCAAAGGAAGAUGUUCUAGACUUAGGUUGUUUUUAUUUGUAUUAUUCUUCAAAUUAUUUUGCAAUUACAAUGCAUUUCUAGUCCGAUGUUUUAGUAUGAGAAAAACAUUCACUUUGUUGAAGACUGUAUUAUGUUUAUUUGAAUAUAUUUAUAUUCCGUGAUAUAUUAGGUUAGUUUUUGUAAAUAUAUAACCCGUUUAGAAAAAGUAGAUGUAGUUUUGUAAUGUUUGUAUUUAAUUUAUUUAUAUUGGCGAACUAAUAUAGUCAGUGAGUCAUAUAACUAAGGAACUUUUAAUACCAUAGUUUUAGUUGGAAGCUAUUUUCUCAAAAUGUUUAAAGAAAUAAGAUCAAUGGUAAUGAACAAUUGUUGGAAAACUUCGAUAUUUUCUUUAGCAUAUAGUAGUUAACAAGCUUAUAUUCAAUGACUGAAUUUUAAUUGAACUGUCAAACUAGUUUCCUUGAAUAUAUUGCUUUAAUGUUUGGAUGUGGAUUUUUUGUUUACCUAUAUAUCAGUUUUAUGAUUAUAAAAGAAAUUAGAACUAUUAGGUAGUAAAUAUCGCCUCAACACCAAUAAUUUGGCUAUAAACACAGAAAAUAAACUGGUCAACAUUGAUAACGUCGUGCUCUAAAAUAUAGCCUGAAUUCAAAGUAGAAUAACUCCGAAUUUCCUUACCAAUUUGAAAUCGGUUUUCACCGAUGAUUAGUCUAAUCUCUUGACAGUUUGUCGGGGCAAU